AUGAACAAAGCUGGAUUUGAAAACAGUAGGACUGAUCCGUUUCUCUUCUACUGUCAGAGCAACAAAAACUGUUUAUAUGUUGCACUCUAUGUUGAUGACGGUUUAGUUGUGGGCAGCAAUAAAACAGAUAUUGAAGAGUUCAUGGAAAUGUUGAAGUUUCAUACAACUAGAGGAUCUCUCAACAACUUUUUACAUAUGAAGAUACAGCAAAAUGAAGAGGGGUCAAUAGCAAUUAAUCAAGAGGACUGUACAAUGGAAAUUCUGAAGAGAUUUGGAAUGGCUGAAGCUAAUGGAGUUUCUACUCCAAUUGGAUGUGAAGAAAGUGAUGUCAAGGAGAAGUUCACAGCCGAAGUUCCUUAUCGUGAAGCAAUGUAUUUGAGUACAGUCUCCCAUCCGGAUAUUGCUUUUGCAGUGAAGAAAGCGGCUAGAGCAAUGGAAGAUCCUACAGUUCAAGACUGGAAUCGAGUGAAAAGAAUUUUUAGAUACCUGAAGAAUAUGAUGAGUUGUGGAAUUAUUUACAAGAACAACACAGUUUGUUUAAAACUCUACAGUGAUGCUUAUUAUGCUGGUGACAAGGACACAAGGCGUUCAACAACAGGUGUUGUCGCAACACUCUCCCAUGGGGCUGUUUCAUGA